UACGCACUCCAGUGAAAUAUUCAAGUCGUUGGGUGCAGAACAUACCAGGUGUGAAUACUUUACAUAUAUAAACUAAUAGUAAAUGGCGAGUAUAAUCUUCUAGAAUGUGGCGAUUACUGGAGAUGAUGAUGAAUUUUGAGCUUUAGCAAAUGGGUACUAUUCCAAAAACUGAAAGUUGAAAAAUGGUAUUUUAAAAUGGCGGGAAAAGAGGACAUAGCGAUAGUAGGCAUUGGCUGCAGAUUUCCCGGCGCUGACAAUGUCACCGAAUAUUGGCGUGUAUUGAGCAAUGGUGAAAACCACGUAAAGGAAGUGCCACGUGAUAGAUGGAACAUUGAUGCUUUCUACGACCCGGAUCGUAAUGCACCCGGGAAAACAUAUGUGCGAACAGCAGGCUUCGUAAAUAGUAUAGAUGAAUGGGAUCAUCGUUUCUAUGGAAUUAAUGACAUGGAGGCGGAGCUUAUAGACCCCCAGCAGAGAAUUGUUUUGGACUGUGUCCACAUGGCGUUAGAGGAUGGUGGCAUUACAAGAAAGGAUAUUGAGGGAACACAAACAGGAGUUUAUAUAGGAUCUAUGACUGAUGACUAUAAAGGUCACGUGAUGACUGACACAACUAUAAACAGUACUUACUCUGUGACGGGCACACAUAACAGUAUUAUCAGCGCCAGGGUGUCAUACACAUAUAAUCUGUCAGGACCUGCAUUGACUUUGGACACAGCUUGUUCUUCGUCACUUGUCACCAUUGAUGUUGCCUCACAGGCUUUACUCACAAGAAAAUGUAGUAUGGCUAUAUGCGGAGGUGUAAAUAUACUGAUGGACCCACAACUUUUCGUUGCGCUUUCAAAAGCUGGUAUGCUUUCACCAAGCGGACAGUGUAAAACAUUUACAAAGGAGGCAGAUGGUUAUGCUCGUGGAGAAGGGUGUGGGAUAGUGCUGCUCAAAACGCUAAAAGAAGCUGUGAAGGAUGGUAACAAAAUUUGGGGAACGAUAAGAACUGGAACGAAUCAAGACGGACAUAUGGCAACACCGAUCACGGCACCUUCCGGACUCCAACAAGAACAGUUGAUCAAGCAUCUUUACGAAAGUUAUCGUGUUGAUAAAUCUAGAAUCCAAGUCAUUGAAGCUCAUGGUACUGGAACAGCUAUUGGAGAUCCAACAGAGGCAAACGCUCUAGGAACACAUUUUGGCAAAAGGGCCGAUGCUAAAGGAGCAGUUUUUAUUGGGUCCGUAAAGACAAACAUAGGUCAUUUAGAGGGUGCUGCCGGUGUUGCGGGACUUAUAAAAGUACUUUUAAUGAUGAAAUUUGACAUUAUUGUCCCUUCUUUGUGGUAUAGUAAGGACAAUGAAAAUCCCAAGGUUACAUUAUCUGAACAUGGUUUUGUUGUUCCCACACAAUGUAUUCAUUGGGAAAUGCCAGGUACUGGAAAGCGUCUUGCAUGUGUAAACAGUUUUGGGUUUGGUGGUACAAAUGCUCAUUGUAUUGUUGAAGAAUAUGGGCCAUUUAAACCUACAGUAUCAGUAACGAAGUCUUUUCUUCCAUGUAUCAUAACAAUAUCUGCAUUUGAUCAAGACACCCUUAUUGCAAAUGUUCAACAUCUCUACGAUGCUUUGAAAUUACAGUCUUACGACAUUAAGGCUUUAGCUUAUACAUCAACAUGUAGACGUGAUCACAGACCAAAAAGAAAAGCAAUUUAUGGAAGAAGUCAAGAUGAUAUUAUUGCAGCUAGCUAUGUUUUUCUCAGUAUGAACGAAAAUGGUGCCCCUCCACUUGAUUCAAAGAAAAUUGUAUUCGUUUUCUGUGGUGUCGGAACAGCAUGGAAAGGCAUGUGCAACUCGCUCAUGAACGUGAGCGCUUUUAAUGAGGCAGUCUUCGGCAUCGAUAAAUAUCUCAAACCACUGGCGGGAUGGACGAUUUCGAACAAGUUCAUCGAAUGUCACGAUAUUUUGUCAAACCCGAUGGUAGCACAUAUUGCAAUUUUUGCCUGUCAGAUUGGUUUAGCCGCAUUUUGGAAAGCUAUGGGAAUUUUACCGGACGUUGUCAUAGGUCAGUCUAUGGGAGAAGUAGCGGCUGCUUAUGUUGCUGGGUAUGUUGACCUACAAACAGCAGUUCAAAUUAUAUUUUACAGAUCCAAGGUUCUGGCGGCAGUUAAAAGCGGUACAAUGGCGGUUGUACGCAACGCAGGUGUCGACGUUGUGGAAAAAUGCUGUAAAAGUAUUGGAUCUGUUAAUGUCGCAGUUUACAAUAGCCCAGAAUCUUGUACCGUGUCAGGUAUGACGGAAGAUAUCCAAAAUUUCAAGCAGAAACUUUCAACAAUAGAAGACAUGAACGCUGAAGUUACCAACCUAGAUGUACAGUGCGCCUAUCACAGUUCACAUGUUGAGCAAGCAGCAACUCAACUAGCUACGCAUCUACAAAAUAUUCAACAUCGUAAGGGACAUACACCAGUUCUUUCCACUGUAACAGGGCAACUGGAAACAAAUGGAGUGUUUGGUAAAUCCAUUUAUUGGGAAGCAAACGUAAAAAUGCCAGUUCUUUUCUCAAACGCUAUCAUGUCCGUAGAAUCAAAGUCAAGCCACAACAUUUUUCUUGAACUCGGACCAAGUCCAGUUUUACGCGCACACAUAGGUAACAUACUGAAAGGAAAAACGAAUUAUACUGCAAUUCCUUCUAUGCAGAGACAAAAUGAAAUAAACACGAUAGCCGGAACACUUUGUACCAUGUACGAACUCGGACUGAAUCCCAAAUGGCCAUACUUAAACCCACAGCAAAGCCAGCUGACUGAAAUUCCUAGGUACCAGCUCCGUAAAUAUCGCAAGUUGUACCAAAGUCUAAGUGCAGUUAAGAAAAAUCAGGGAGUGGACACAUCCAAUGCAGAACACAUGUAUAUAACGCAACUGCCUCAGCAAGACGACGGUUCUCACUUCAAAGUAGAGAUAGGUGAAAGAACAACUCCAUUUGUAUUUCAACACAUUGUGACAGGGUUUAUUAUACUUCCUGGUGCAGUCUAUGCUGAUGUUGGAUUUGAAAUUGGAUGUAAUGCCUUAGGACUUUCAAAGCAAAACACAGUAGUUUCCCUAGAAUUCAUGCGACCGGUUAGAGUAGAAACUGGAGUAAAAACAAUUUUACACAUUUCUACUAUUACUCAAAGGAAUGAGCUGCUUUUUCAUGCAAAACAAAACCAGGUUACUAUGUGCAAAGGAUGGGUACGUUCAUCACAGGUAGAGACAAUGUGCGAGGACAAAGUUGAUACUGAAUGUCUGAAGCUUUCAAUUUCAGUCAAUGGAUGCAAACACAUGUGUAUGGAAGAAAUGUAUGACAAUUUGGAGUCGAUGGGGUUCAAAUAUGGUCCUUAUUUCAAAUUAAUGAAGGCCUGCGUAACAAAUGGUGUCGAGAGUUUAACAGAAAUAGAAGUUCCAGAUUUCAUAAUUAAUGAAUCAAGGUCGACAACAAUCCACCCUUGUGUACUGGAUGGCAUGUUGCAGUCAACCAUUAACACUACCACAGAAGAAAUUUUGGCAAAAAUAAAGGAGGAAAAUCUCUCUUUUCUCCCCGUAGCUAUUGGUGAACUUCGUGUAUUUGGAAAUCCAGAAAAGAAAAUGUACAUCUUCACAAAAAGAAUCAAUACAACAAUUCUUGAUGCCGUCUUACAAGUCCAUUACAAUAUUCUUUUACUCAACCAUAACGGAAUUGCUGUUGCAGAUCUUCGGAAUUAUACAACAUAUGGCAAAAGAAACGGUUCGGUGGCACCUUGUGAACUAAAGUAUCGGUUGACAUGGCAUCCACUUGAGAAAGUAAAACAGAGGGCAAAUAACGCUGGAAAUAUGCUUGUACUUACAAACACGCCUACAGAAGACAUCUGUAAAGAAUUUGAAGGAUUUGAAAACAUAAUCAUCUGCCAGAACGAGGAAAACAAAGCCAAAGAAGAUUUCAUAAUUCAUGCAUUUAAGGCAGCUUUUACCGACGCGAAGAACAUCAAAACAGUUGACAAAGUCUUAUUACUCAUCCAGAAAAUAAGUCCCGACACAGAAAUUACUGCAUCAACGGCUUCAAAUAUACAUGAGUGUGUGAAAGACAACUGCAUGUUGUUAGCAGAACUUGUGAAGUACAUGACGAACAACGGUAUCGAUGUUCCGCUUUUCGUUGCUACACAAAACACGCAACCAACGUUUUCAAUAGAAACAUCAGCAAUAAACCUUGUCGGAGAAGAGCUGUGGGGAUUUGUUCGUUCCAUACAUCUUGAAUUUAUACACGGUGAUAUUACUUUGAUAGAUCUUCAACCAUCCAUCACAGAAACAAAACAGACCUUGGUUGAUUUCAUUUGUCAUACAUGCAGCAAUAUCGGUGAUACGAAACCAGAAAUCGUUAUACAUUUUAAUGAAAUAUUUGGUUCUCAGUUUACAAAGGUCCCAAGAAAAGAAGUGAUUCCAACGCUGAGGGUAGAAAGCAGACUUGCAAGGAAUGUUUUCGCACAGUACAUGGUACUGUCAUCACGAUCAAAAAUAAUGAAAUCUUUUAUUCUGACGCCGAAAAGGGGAAUUGAUGAAAAACACAAAAAGCAACAAGUCUUCUUAAACAUAAAGACCGUGUGUUUACAUCCUUUUUCAAUUUAUCCCAGAACAACAAGCGGUAUUUUUCUCGAUCAAGAUGUAUGGAAAGACAGCCUCAAAGGCGGACACUGUGUUUUUGGACUUGAAUAUACUGGUACCCAAAUAUCAAGGCCUACACAAGGCAGGGUUACAUGUAGAAAACCAGAAAUAGAAGCUGAGAAUGAAGACUAUCAGAAUAAAUGGGAAAUUCUAGCUAUAUUUCCUUCUGAAAUUAUGACGAAAAUGUCUGUACCAAAAAGUUGCACAGUCAACCUGAAGGAAAUUCCAUUUUAUCAGCCCGGUCUCGUUUUGUACACAAUGCUGUGUUGGAGACUUUCCGAAUAUGUUCCUGAUAGGUCAAGCGUAGUCGUAUACAGUCCUUAUGGAUCGUCGGUACCCAGCCUGAUUUUGAGGAGUGUAACGCAUACUCGAAGAAAUGCUUAUCUUGUCGAUCCGUCGAGUGUUAAAGGCAGCAAUCAAAAAUGGAUUGAUAUUUUGAUAACAGUUGAAAACAUUGAUCCAAGCUUUCCUUUACUCGGAAGAUGCAAGAAGAUUGUUUGUUUAGAAGAUUGUAUUUCAGAGCCUGUACGUCUCAAAAUGUCUCGAUCAGCCGAACAAACUAUUGAAUGCUUUCCUGCCGCGGAAUUGCUAGAAAGGAGACAUGUAAGUAAAUGUCUUCCAAAGGUUGUAUCUUGGUUGCAAAAGAAUUACGAGAAAAUGGUGUUACAAAACAAUACAUCGGCUUGUUCUGCUUCUCUAGAUUCAAAUUCAGAUGAUGGUGAUUGCAAAAUACCUUGUUCAAUUCUUGAUGUUAUGAAAGAUGGACGAGUAGUUUUACCAGUCCGAAAUCCUAUAGAUCAGUUGUUCAGUAAAUCUUCUGUUUACAUUGUAACGGGCGGCAUAACUGGCCUUGGUUGGGAGUUUAUUCUCCUUCUAGCGGAAAUGGGAGCAGGCAUAAUAGCUUCUAUUUCCAGACGAGACGUUUCAUCACAAAGAGCAGAAGACAUUCUAAAGGUAGAGAAAACAACAGGGUGCAAGAUAAUCUGUGUAAGGGGCGACGUGACUGAUCUAAAGUCUGUUUCGUCGGCCAUUAGUGAGAUAGAAUCGCUAUCCUCGAAAUAUCCUAUCCGUGGUGUUUUUCACGGAGCCGGUGUAUUGAACGCGAAACUUCUGAUGAACUUAAAAGAAUCUCAGCUUGAUUUUGUUUUGAGACCAAAAGUUAUCGGAACUAUGAAUAUGCAUAUAGCUACGAAAGAAAUGGACCUUGACUAUUUUGUUGUACAAUCAUCCAUCAAUAGCUUGAUCGGUUCUCCUGGUCAAAGCAGCUAUGGAGCGGCAAACUCAUUCCUCGAUACCUUUAUGGAAUGGAGACGCAGAAGAGGGCUUCCUGGUCAAGCAAUUAACUGGGGAGCAUUGUGCGUUGGCAUGGCUUCAAGCCCCGAAUUUAUAGAAAACUUCACAAAGCGUGGAUUUAACCUACUAUCCGUCCUCGAAAUCCGAAGUUGUUUACAAGAGGCAUUGAUGCGCAAUUCAACUAGUAUUAUAUACACAGAUAUAAACUGGGAUAUCUGUGCAAAGGAUUACACAAACCCACAGUUAGAGAGAACAAGACUCCAAAUGUCUGUUUUGUUUGAACAAACAGUGUCAAACGUAAUGAACUUUGACAAUGAUGGGAUAGACAGUAGGUCUUUCAACGUAAAAGCAUUGCAAGAAGCGGGAAAAGAAAGACAACUGCUUGCUAUUACACAAGUUAUUCAAAAGGUUUCCAGCAAAGUAAUUGGAGGAGAUUUAAGCCGAAUCAACAUUUCAUGUACUCUGUCCGAAAUGGCCUUUGAUUCAAUGUCUACCGUCACGUUUAUAAACGUCGUACAUGACAUUACAGGUCACCGGAUUCCGCCAUCGUUCAUGCUCAACACAAAUCAAACGCUGCAUGACAUUGUGUUGUUGUUGUUUGGUGCAAUCUUCACUGGCAAAACAGAAAUGGAUGAAUCCCUUGAUGCCGGCAUCAGCAGUGAAAUCAGCGGAUUGCUCGCACUUGAAUCAAGCAGAGAUGGCAGUAUGACGCCCGUUGAAACGUAGUAGUGUAAACAAAAACACAGUUAUGAUUAUUUUUUGUUCCGAAAUGAUGUUUUUAAUUUCCAUUUGCACGCAGAAAAAGAAAUGAAUAUUUAUCAUAAUUCCUCACAGAAUUUCUCUACCUGAAAUAUAUAUAUAAUCCUUAUUUAACAGAUUUAAGAUAUUUAAGAAUACUUGCAUUCAAUAUGUGUCUUCAUGAGUAUGUAAAAAUAUUCAGUUUCAUAAUUUAGAAAUAAUUUUUAAAAUGACGUCUAUAGAAAACAAUCUUUCAAAAUCGGCAUCCAAAAUUUCAAAUAAAACAUCAAAUUGUAGGCAAUAAAUUUAAUACGUUACAUACUACCUGUUUGUUAUAAAACAACAAUACGUUCAGUUUUACAGAAAAUUCAUUGAAUAUUUAUGUAAAUAUUUUGCCCUUUAUAUAAAAAUACCUUUCGCUCUAACAGAAAACAAAGCACAGUGAACAAUACUUUGUUUAGUGCAUAUGUGUUAUGUACAUGUAUGUUAAAAAUAUGUUUCACAAAUCAUUAUUAUAUGUUAUAUUGUAUUACUCUCUCUGUGUAUUUAUGUAUGCUGCAUGUACAAUUUUACAUAGUACUUAGAUAUGUAUUGACCUUUAUAUGGAUAUAAAUUGUAUUUAUUUUAUUUGGGAGUUCAUAAGCUGAAACCUAAAAGUCAUAGAUAUACGUUUUGUUCAGUUCUGUUCUGUUUAAAAUGCCUGGAUAUAGAAAUAUAUGUUUUAAAAGGCACACAAUAGUUUACAUACAUCUUAAAGAGAUGUAUAUACCUUUGUUAUUAUUCUGCAUGAUACACAAGUCAAACAGCGAGUUAUAUUAUUUUGCCUAAGAUGUUAGGAUUCUGGAAGAAAAUAUGUACAAGGCAAAAGCUUUUCAAAAGUCAGAAUUAUGGAUCUUUCAGGAGAGGUGACACUGUAAUAAGAUAAAAACUUUGAAAGAAUAUUAAAACUAUUCACUUCACCUGUGAAUAAGUAACUUCCAAUCAACUCAAAAACUUUCAUAUUGAUAAGAGCAAUAAAAUAUUCGUACCUGGAAUGUUUUCGUUUGACUUUUAAUGAAUUAUGAUUGUACAAAGCUUGUCUCGCGUUUUCUCUACCGACCCGAUGUAUAUCAGAUAUAUAUAAUUGAUAUUAUUGAUAUAAUCAAUUGUGUUUUGAUGCAUUCUGUAAAUAUGAUUACAUCUGCGGAUAAAACGUUAUUAUGUGAAACUCAUAUGUUUAAUUACGAUUAUAAUGCAAUUAUUUGUUGUAUAUUUUGAUGCGCCCUUGUGAUACACUAUUUACUAGUAAUUAAACGAUAAACUCACGAAUCAGCUUGGAUUCUAACAUCAUCCAUCAGUAGAACAUUGCAUGCGCUGCCAUGACGCCUGACGCUGUGGUGUAUUUACUAUGACAUAUUAAUAAUAGUUGUAUCGUAAAUUCAACUUGACAAAUUUGUUUUCCUUAUGUCGUCAUAAUAUGUUUAAAACAAUAAUUUUCUCUUAAAUAGAAUCAAUGUCGUUCAGAAUUCGUACCGCAAAAAAACAAUACGUGAGAUGAAUAAUACUAUGAUUUAGACUGCUGAUGUUUACGUAUUGUUAUUCAUGUAUCUGUGAUAAGGUUAAAAUGGCAAGACAAUAAGUUUUAUGCAAAUAUCAAAGUGAAUGCGUUAGCACACCUUGCAUGUACAUGUCUCCUUAUUAAGAAAAUGAUUUCAUGUUUUUGUAAAUCAAAAGUGAAAAUAAAGUGAGCUGGUGA